GCGCAUGGCGAGCGGAGUCCAUCCGCGGAGCUGCUGCGCGAGAGACUGGGAACUGCUUUCGAUUGUUGGCGGGCGCCGCCAUCUUGGUCAGUGAGCCUGCGAGUGGCCUGUACGUCUCCGUGGUGCGGUGUGGCUUCGUUGCGCGUAUUUCGGGCGUUACGUCUUGCCGAACGGGCUUAUUCCGUGCGCGCGUCACUCCCCCGCGUGGGCCCCCUCGUUUUAUCCGUUUAACCCGUGAGAACCGCGCGCGUCCGAGAUGUCGGAACGGGAGGACAACGUUUACAAGGCGAAACUGGCCGAGCAAGCGGAACGCUACGACGAGAUGGUUGAGGCGAUGAAGAAGGUCGCCUCGUUGGACGUAGAGCUCACCGUUGAAGAAAGGAACCUCCUCUCGGUAGCAUACAAAAAUGUGAUCGGAGCGAGGAGAGCCUCCUGGAGAAUAAUCUCGAGCAUCGAGCAGAAGGAAGAGAAUAAGGGUGCCGAGGGAAAACUAGAGAUGAUCCGCCAGUACCGAUCUCAAGUGGAAAAGGAGCUCAGGGAUAUUUGCGCCGAUAUCCUCGGCGUCCUGGAUAAGCAUCUGAUACCGUGCGCCUCCACGGGAGAAUCCAAAGUCUUCUAUUAUAAAAUGAAAGGUGAUUACCAUCGUUACUUGGCAGAAUUUGCCAUCGGUAAUGACAGAAAGGAAGCAGCGGAGAACUCCCUGGUGGCAUACAAAGCAGCGAGCGAUAUCGCCAUGACGGAGCUACCGCCGACCCAUCCCAUUCGCCUGGGAUUAGCGCUCAACUUCUCCGUGUUCUAUUACGAGAUCCUCAACAGCCCUGACAGAGCAUGCCGCUUGGCGAAGGCGGCCUUCGACGAUGCGAUCGCCGAACUGGACACGCUGUCUGAGGAGAGCUACAAAGAUUCCACCCUCAUAAUGCAACUCCUCAGGGACAACCUUACCCUAUGGACGUCGGAUAUGCAGGGAGACGGUGAAGCUGAACAAAAGGAGCAGCUGCAGGAUGUGGAAGACCAGGACGUAUCGUAACUCUAGCUGUAGUGAGUGUUAUCUUGCGCAUAUAAAACUGAGACACAAGAAAAAACUCUUAAAUAACUCGUAAGCAAAAGAAAAAAAAACCAAUUCAGCAGGUGGCAGUUCGGGGUGGGAAGGGGAGAUCUUUAGAAAUUUGCGUGACCCUUUAAAAAUAUAAAAAAGCACGCACCGUAUGGUUACUUCAAAAAAAAAGCAGCAGCAGCAAUACCAACAAAAUACAACAGCAACAGAAUUAAUAAUAAAUAAAUUAUUCAGUUUAUUCGGCAUUAUAUUACGUACACAAUAUAUAUACGAUUGAGUUAUCGAGCACAGCAAAAAGUAAUGAAACAAAAGGACACGCACCCUGCGGUAAAUAGAGAGACUGCAAAGCAUUUAGGAGAAAGGCACUUUUUAAUUGCCCCGUUUUUUGCGUAUCGAGAGGAAAUGCCGUGUUUGCACCUCGCAUGCGUCCGAUUGAAAUUUAUGUGCGAACGACGUCGCGAAAGCGUCAAGAACGUCGAGCCGACGUCGAUGCCGGCGCCAGUCGGUAUCUACUAGUCUCGGCAAUUCAGAUUUGGUUUCCGUCACAGUGAAUAAGAACGAAUUAUGUGUCCUAUGUUUUGCAAUAGUGGAAGAGGAACAAAAAGGCGUAUGGAUUGCACGGCAUUAUACCGGGAUAUAUUUACGUGUCUAUCCGUUCUUACAUCUCCACCAUUUGGAGCUCUUCUCCUCCAAUCUCCUCCUUUUCGUUCCUCACCCCUUUUUUUUUACUGCGCGCGUGGUCGUCCCGCGUGUACUGUAAUUAUUACGGUGUCUGUAAUAACGCAUGUAAAUCGAUUUAUUUUAAAGAUAAUUCGCGCGUGUCCUCUCUUUCUCCUUCCCUCCCCCCCGUGCUCUCCUCUCUUUCUCUCUCUCUCUUUACGGAAAUAACGGCGGCGCCCUCAUUGCCAGUUAUCAGGACGGACCUCGCUUUCGAGCUUGUACCCUGUAAUAAGAUAUGUACUUCCGAAUAAAAUCCGACACGAUUGUAAUGUUAUAGAUAGCCGAAAAGAAAAAUUUUAAAUGCAUGGAUUCUUGGCAUAGCCGAGUUGAGGAGAAGAGAAUGUGCUUACUUCGAUUGCCUCCUCUCCCCCUCCCCCACCCUCUGUACACCUCGUCAAAUGCAAUAACGCCUGAUUUUGUGAGCUUUCGUAAUAGGGACCGCGUCGCGAAGGCGCUCAGUAACGUGAGCGAGAAGCGGUAGAGCGUAUCAUCGAAAUUCUCUGAUGGCGAUUUCUUGAUUUCCGGUCCUUUUACGUAUCUCUUCCGAGGCGAGUGCGUCCCAUCGCGUCAGCUCGAUGAGCAGCGUCGUGAUAAAAAUAAAAAGGUGAAAAAAAAAAGAAAGAAAGAAAGAAAGAAGGGGGAAGAAAUGAAAAAAAGAUUACGUUGUCGUAGGUGAGCCUUUUUAGCGCGUUACGUUACUCACAGCAAACAAAGUAACUAUCUAGCUAGUCUGUAAUGUGGUUGUACGUUUUCAUACGCCCGUUGUGUAAACUAAAUAUCGAUUGCUGUGGUAUAAGAACAGAAUAAAUGACUGUACCCCGA